GUCCCAGGAGGCACUGACAACUGUCGAUCACACCACCCAAACAAUCACUAAUCAACUUGGUAUGUCCUUCAUGAACCAGUUGAGACAGCUCCAAUCCGAUAGGGACCAAGACCGUGAGGAACUGCGCAGUGUACGCGAAGAACUGUGCGGUGUACGCGAACAGAAUCUCACCACCAUCGACUUCUUUAUCGUCAGAGCCUCAACCCUUGAUGAAUGGGCAGAAGACCGAGACCCGAUCUGGGAUGACGAUCGGAAUGACUCCGUUCACGGCGGGAGAUUGCGAACAGACGUUAAGACCGCGCUCUAUUACGAACCGAUGGAGCCCGAAAGGGUCUCACGUUGGAAAAGCCUAUUCAAUCAUUACUACGGAAUGCCCUUUAGUAGCAUUGUCGAAAUCAUCGGUACACUCCCGGAUACCGUGGUGGAAGUUAUGAACCGCCGUGCAAGUGUGCAACGGAUGAAGGUCUGGCAGAAAGGUUACAACCAGGGACGUCGCUCGACAAUUCUUCGGCUCGCAGACAAAUACAUCCAGCGCUUCAGUGAGCAGGGUACCAGUGGAUUAGCGGAUGAGAGUGUGAAAUGCGAUUUUCGAAUGCUUGAAAAUACCUGGGAACGCGGUUGGUGGGCGGCCGCACAGGAAAAACAAGGAUCAUAAAGAGGCUUCAUGUAUAUAUUAUCAAUGAAUCGUAGGUCGAUAUCG